AAAAAUGGUGACACGUUGCAACGCUGAGCGGCCCUUCUGGUACUGAUCUUUAUUCUGUGGUGUUACCAUGGCAACAACUAAUUUUUUUUUUGUAAAGUGGAAACACCACGUGAAUUAUUUUUGGGCGCCAUAUUUUUAUACUCGUGUUGUUUGUGAACUGUGUCUUGGAACACUCUCGUUUUCAUGAUCAGAAAUUCUGUAAGAACCGAAGUACUAUAAAGAUUCAGUCGAGGAAACAGUUGGGUGAUAUUUUUAAUCGAAAUUUGACCGCACGGGUGACCGUACGGGGAAAAGAUCAAAAGCUGAAACCAUGUCUAGCAAAUGUGACGAUGUUUGUAACAAGGUUUUUUCAAAGAAAGGACAUUUUUUAGUGAGACAUGAAAGAACACACACUGAAGACAGACCUUAUGAAUGUGAUGUUUGCAACAAUAGAUUUUCUGACCCAAGCUCAUUAACCAGACAUGAAAGAACACACACUGAAGACAAACCUUAUGAAUGUGAUGUUUGCAACAAACAAUUUUCACACUCUAGCACCUUAGUUACACAUAAGAGAACACACACUGGAGACAAACCUUAUGAAUGUGAUGUUUGCAACAAAAGAUUUUUGCAGUCGAGCAACUUAGCUAGACAUCAGAGAACACACACUGGAGACAAACCUUAUGAAUGUGAUGUUUGCAACAAAAGAUAUUCUGACCCAAGCAACCUAACCAAACACAAGAGAACACACACUGGAGAGAAACCUUAUGAAUGUGAUGUUUGCAACAAAAGAUUUUUUGACGCAAGCACCCUAACUAAUCAUAAGAGAACACACACUGGAGAGAAACCUUAUGAAUGUGAUGUCUGUGACAAACAAUUUUCACGGUCAUGCACCUUAGUCAGACAUAAGAGAACACACACUGGAGAGAAACCUUAUGAAUGUGAUGUUUGCAACAAAAUAUUUUCUGACCGAAGCACCCUAACUAAACAUAAGAGAAAGCACACUGGAGAGAAACCUUAUGAAUGUGAUGUUUGCAACAAAAGAUUUUCUGACCCAAGCACUCUAACUAAACAUAAGAGAACACACACUGGAGAGAAACCUUAUGAAUGCGAUGUUUGCAACAAACAAUUUUCACAGUCAGGUCACUUAGCGGUUCAUAUGAGAACACACACUAGAGACAAACCUUAUGAAUGUGUCGUUUGUAAGAAGAGAUUUUUAUGCUUGAGCCAAUUAACUAGCCAUAAAAGGAGACAUACUAGAAACAAACCUUACCAAUGUGAUGUUUGCAACAAAAGGUUUUCUGAAUCACACUAUUUAACACAACAUAAAAUAUCAGCACACAAGGGACAUGAGAGUUUUGCGUGUGGUAUCUGCAAGAAGACAUUCACACAACGACAAAGUCUCAAACGUCACUGGAGAUUACACUUGAGAGAUGGCUUAUUAUUGUGCCACACCUGUGGCAAAGAAAUUAUUCAAGGUCAAGGACAUGCUAGUGAGAUACCGAGUGAUAAUCAUUUUCUCUGUGACAAAUGCAACAAACAGUUUCCUGAUAUUGAAAGUUUAUAUCAGCACAAGGUCAAAGACCAUGGUACGUCCUACCAAUGUGAUGUCUGUAAGGAAUUAGAAGCAAGAGAAGCAACUGGUAUUGGUUAUAUCUGUUGUGUCUGUGAUGUCGAGUUUGAAAUUGCCACUGAACUUGAAGAUCAUAUGAGUAUGCAUGACAAUGUGUUGCCCCACUAGACUAGCAACAUAAAUUGAAAAUAUUUAACUUGUUUUCGGAUUGUCUCUUUAAACUUGUUAUGCACGAGUCAAUAGAUGAUUCCCCUGUUUACGUUUUCGUAGCGCUUUGCAUUGUGGUUAUAGUGGUAUCACUGAUAUUCAAGAUGGCUUAUUUUUUGUCCCGACCUGUGCAAAAACUUUUAAAAAAGCUAGGGUCAGGUGCACGAUAUCCAACAGCAAAAUAUUCGCGAAAACAUUCAUCUAUUCCAUGAGUGAUCAUCCCCCCCUCUGGCGGAAGCAUUUUUUUGGGAAGAAAAGGAAAUUUCCCGGCUGCGGGAAAACAGCAAGAGGGAAAAUCUACGGCCCCCGCACAACCGUUAGGUGGCAAAUGUCCUAGCCCUGGGAUUCUUUUUCAUCAAUAUCGUUUAAAAAUCGCGUAAUGCAUAGCAAAAGUUGCAUAAUGCAUGGGGUAUAAAGCGUCAAUUUAAUCUGGAUAAUCUUAAUCCGGAUAAUCUUAAUCUUAAUCCGUUCAACUUAAUCUUAAGCUUUAGUUCAGUGACAGUGUAUUGUCAAAUAUUAUUUUGUAUUAUUAACAAUAAAUUUUUCUUCUCAUUAACGGUGGUUUACUUUUGGUGACGUCACAACAGGGAUUAAUCAUAUAAAAGUAUUCGUUGCUCGCAGGAAUUUUGGUUAUAAAUCUACCAAAUUUGAACGCUCAAAUUUCAGAUCUUAGUGAAGGCUGCGAGGCAGAGUCGCUCUUAGAAAGCCUUUAUCAGAAAGACUUGGUUUGAGCUGCGUCGUGUUCGUAAUUCAGCUUCGCUCUCAGCUGCAAGCAAGGAUAAUUAACUCCACUUAUUUCUAUAAUAUUUUAUUGAGUAUUCACUAUAUGACUAAACAAUAAAUAUGAUACAGGACAUGUUACGAAAACCAAACUUACAAAAGACAACACAAUUAGCAGAUGAACUCAAACGGAAGAGCACAAACGGGACAAGAAGUCCAAUGCAAGGCGUUUCCCGAAAUUACUUGAAUUAAGAGGAGAUUUUUUGUAUGUUGCGUAACACGCACUCAAAACUAAUGCGUAUAAUAUAUCACUUGAGGUUAUGACUAAAUUCAAAAAUUUUAUUUUUCGAUAAGUUUCUCAAUUGGCAAAAUUCGCACGGUGCACGGUUUGCAAAACCAACUGCUCUAAUUCUUUCUGUCACUUUCAUUGAUCGUACCUGUGAGUCUGCCUCAACGGCCUUUAAUUAGUAUUCAGGAAUCUCACUGAGUAAUCAAAUUUACCAUAAAAUUAAAAACUCAAUUUUUCAAAAUUAUUGGUAAACCUAAUAUACUGUUGUACUGUACAUGCCACUGGUAUUCUGUAGUGAUUUUAGUAUUUAUCUUCCACUAAAUUAAGUUAGCAAUAUCUGUACGGUGUAUCACACAACAUGACACACCAAAUCCUCAUACAAUUUGAUAAAACGUACUAAACUUAUUGUCACACUGGUAUUUUGUGGUACAUAGAUUUUAUCCACAUAAUGUCCGAUUUAAAAAAUAAUAGAAUCUGCAAUCUAACCCCAAGACCCCACUGGAAGGAAAAUAAUAAUGCAAGACUAUACUAAAAAAUAUUUACUGUAACAGGCUAUGUUAUAUACGUUUGACAAAAUAUAUGGAACAUGUAAAUUUGUGUGGUAUUCUGUGGUACAUACACUUGUACAGGGCUUGUAACAUUGCUCUAGAAAAGGCUGUGGCUAUAAAAACAAUGAAAAUGCUGCCAGUGAGUUGGGAAAAGAUCAGUAGGAGGAAAUAAACCAGUGUGCUGUUUCUUGCGAUGGAACAUGGCAAAGACGGAGACAUUUCUUGAAUGGGCGUGUGACAAUGCUAUCAGUGGAGAAUGGGAAAUGUGUUGUCGAAGUGUUGACUAAAGUGUGUCAUGGUUGUCAGAGAAUAGAACUGGAAAUGAUCUGGUAAUAAAAAGCUGUAGGGAAACAAGAGCAUGUUGGAAAGUGCACAAUGAAUCACAUGGGUUCAUUUGCUUCCAUGGAAACCGAAGAUGUGAAACGUAUAUUUCUGAGAAGUGAAAACGACUGCCCUGAUGAACUCGACAGUUGGUGUCGUUUCAAACAAGACAAAGCCAAUCAGACAGGUAAUUAUAUGUUCCUGGACCCUGGCUUGCCAGAUGACAUAAUUAAAUUGAUAAACCAAUCGUUUUCAGACUCAGCUGUAAUGAGCUCCUGAGCAAUUGUCUGGAUGGAAAAACGCAAAACCAAAAUGAGUCAAGAAGUGGCAUGAUUUGGAAGAGGAUUCCGAAGAAUAUAUUUGUUGGAUUUGAUGUCCUGGAGCUUGGUGUCUAUGAUGCUGUGGCACACUUUAAUAUUGGUGCUGAGGCUGCUGCAUUUUCAAAGAAGUAAACAUGAAACCAGGGGGAGUAUUUUUUAGAAGGGAUGAGAAAAAUCAUUAAACAGCGGGUUGCGAAAGCAGAUUUCAAGGCAAGGGAUGACAACAAAAAGCAACAAAAUGUGUUGCGUGGCUUGAAGAAGAAGAAAGACUAUGAUAAACAGAAACAGGAGGAGGGUACUUUGUACAAACCAGGAGCAUUUUGAGAUAUUUUUGAUAAAAUUCACUUUGUUGACACCUAUUUAUAUCUUAUCAACUACAACUAAAAUUUUAGAACCUCUUUUUCUCGGUUUGCGAAUUUUGCCCGUUUUACGACACUCAAAACAUGAUAUCUAGAAAGGUAUUUAUGCUAUUGGUCUGAAAGUUUCAGAAUUGAUAGUUCUUAUCAUUCUCUAGGAGGUCAACUGGAAUAGUGUUACUCGGUUACAUUCUCAUAAAGAAUCGACGCUGUUGUAAUCUGAUGCCCUUUUGUAGAUGGAUUAUUUCAUGUCAUAGCCGCUCCUUUUGUAGUAGCGAAAUAAUUUUAGUUCACUUCCUAGCUAUUGAUCUAAGUGAUAUAAUAAAGAUUUUUUUUGAACCUUAAAUGGUUCUCCCUAUUUUCUAUGCUAUUUUCUUUGCUGGGGGUCCAAUAUCUUGGUUACCACCACUUUCCAAAGUGGAAACACCACGUGAAUUAUUUUUUGGGCGCCAUAUUUUUAUACUCGUGUUGUUUGUGAACAGUGUCUUGGAAUGCUCUCGUUUUUAUGAUCAGAAAUUCUGUAAGAACCGAAGUAUUAUAAAGAUUCAAUAAAGGAAGACUCGAGGAAACAGUUGGGUGAUAUUUUCACAAUCGAAAUUUGACCGCACGCGUGACCGUACGGGGAAAAGAUCAAAAGCUGAAACCAUGCCUACCAAAUGUGAUGAUGUUUGUAACAAGGUAUUUUCAAAGAAAGGAAAUUUUUUAGUGAGACGUGAAAGAACACACACUGAAGACAGACCUUAUGAAUGUAAUGUUUGCAACAAAAGAUUUUCUGACCCAAGCACCCUAACUAGACAUGAAAGAACACACACUGGAGAGAAACCUUAUGAAUGUGAUGUUUGCAACAAACAAUUUUCGCGGUCAAGCACCUUAGUUACACACAAAAGAACACACACUGGAGACAAACCUUAUGAAUGUGAUGUUUGCAACAAAAGAUUUUUGCAUUCUAGCAACUUAUCUAAACAUAAAAGAACACACACUGGAGAGAAACCUUAUGAAUGUGAUGUUUGCACUAAAAGAUUUUCUGACCCAAGCUCCCUAACUAGACAUAAGAGAACACACACUGGAGACAGACCUUAUGAAUGUGAUGUUUGCAACAAACAAUUUUCACGAUCAUGCACCUUAGUCAAACAUAAGAGAACACACACUGGAGACAAACCUUAUGAAUGUGGUGUUUGCAACAAAAGAUUUUCUGACCGAAGCACCCUAACUAAACAUAAGAGAACACACACUGGAGAGAAACCUUAUGAAUGCGAUGUUUGCAACAAACGAUUUUCGCAGCCAGGCCACUUAGUGGUUCAUAAGAGAACACACACUGGAGAGAAACCUUAUGAAUGUGAUGUUUGUAAGAAGAGAUUUUCACAUUCAAGCCACUUAACUAGGCAUAAAAGAACACACACUAGAGACAAACCUUACCAAUGUGACGUUUGCAACAAGAGAUUUUCAGAAUCACGCAAGUUAAGACAACAUAAAACAUCGGCACAUAAGGGAAAUGAGAGUUUUGAGUGUGGUAUCUGCAAGAAAACAUUCGCACGACAACAAAGGUUCAAACAUCACGAGGGAGCACACUCAAGAAAUGGCUUAUUAUUGUGCCACACCUGUGGCAAAGACAUUAUUCAAGAUCAAGGACGUGCUAGUGAGAUACGGAGUGAUGAUCGUUUUCUCUGUGACAAAUGCGACAAACAGUUCCCUGAUAUUGAAUGUUUAUAUCAGCAUAAGGCCAAAGACCAUGGUACGUCCUACCAAUGUGAUGUCUGUAAGGAAUUAGAAGCAAGAGAAGCAACUGGUAUUGGUUAUAUCUGUUGUGUCUGCGAUGCCGAGUUUGAAAUUGCCACUGAACUUGAAGAUCGUAUGAGUAUGCAUAACAAUGUGCUGUCCCACUAGCUAGGCAACAUAAGUUGGAAAUAUUUAACUUGUUUUUGGAUUGUCUCUUUAAACUUGUUGUGCAUGAGUCUAUUCCAUGAGUAACCCCCUUCCCCCCCCCCAGAUUAAUACCGUACAUUAGCAUUUUUUGGGAAGAAAGGGAAAUUUUAUGGCUGCAAGGAGACAGAAGGAGGGAAAAUUUUGGUUAUAAAUCUACCAAAUGAACUAUUCCCUAAUGAACAAAACAAGUCUAGACAAACAUUUCACCACAUCUUGAAAGAAGCAUCACAAAAAAUGGCUAAAUUAGUAAUAUUCCGAAGUUUCGUUGCGAAAUGUUGCAAAAAUGCGGAUAAUAUAUAGCAAUGCGGAGUUUGCCGUUUUUCAGUCAUUUUGUAUUACGCAAGGGAAAUUGUAGCGCUUUCUGAAUAAAGGUAUCAAUUUCCCGUGCGUAAUACAAGAUGACUGAAAAACGGCAAACUUCGCAGGGCUAUAUUAUCCGCAUUUUACAACAUUUCGCGACGAAUCUAUGGAAUAUUACUAAUUUUGUGAUGCUCUUUCAAUGCUCUUUUACAGAAACAGGAGGAGAAUAGUGUUACUCGGUUACAUUCCCAUAAAGAAAUCGACGCUGUUGUAAUCUGAUGCCCUUUUGUAGAUAGAUUAUUUCAUGUUAUAGCCGCUCCAUUUGCAGUAGCCAAAUAAUUUUAGUUCACCUUCUAGCUAUUGAUCUAAGUGAUAUAAUAAAGAUUUUUUGAACCUUACAGUGAAAAUACAAAAAGUGUCCCACUUCCGCUUCUGUAGUUUGUUGUGAUUUACUGUAAUUUGUUCUGUUUUUCUGUAGCGAUUACCGAUUUAUCGGCAAAUACCGCGAUAAAACUUAGUUUUUUCUAUUUUUAAAUAUGAUAAUUUGUAGCAAAGGGAA